ACAACCCAUAUGAGUGCAGGACCAUUCUGAAUGCAAGAUUCCAGUAACAAAGGACUCCUGCAGCUGGAGGAAAGCAGAACUGAAGUGGGUAGUACUGGAUAGGAAUUACAUCUACAGUCAGAAGCAGCAGCAUUUCAAAACACUGCCAUAGAAAAGGCGAAGAUCAGGAGAUUAACAACGAUUAACAAAUAGCUGUUGAAGUAACUGCAAAGGAUGAUGAAGGCCACCCUCACCACCUUGGUGGUUGCUGUGUUUUACCCUGCUGUUCACAACGUGGUCCAGCCUGACCGCUGUGAUGAUGAGCCCCAGACAACUCACCUCCAGGAGCAGCAUUCCCAUGAGGGAGAUCCUCUUGGGUUCUGCCAACGGAUAGUCCCCAGCAACACGGACUUUGCCUUCAGGUUUUACAGGCAAGCGUCUGCCCAGGCACCUGGCAAGAACAUUUUCUUCUCCCCAGUCAGUGUGUCUGCUGCCUUUGCCCUGCUGGCCCUGGGCUCCAGAGCUGCAAGCCGGGUUCAGGUGCUGGAGGGGCUGGCCUUUAAUCUCACCAGCACACGGGAGGAGGAGAUACAUGAUGGCUUUCGUCAUCUCCUCUUCUUACUGAACCGUCCUGGCAGCCAGGUGCAGCUGAGCAUGGGGAACACCCUGUUCAUGGAUGAACACUUGAAGCCACUAAAAACAUUUCUGAAGGACAUCCAAAAAACGUACAAGGGAAAAAUUAUUUCUAGUAACUUCCAGAAUUCAACUGAAGCUAAAAAAGUGAUUAAUGAUCACAUAAAGAACCAAACCCAUGGAAAGAUAAAUCAAAUACUUACAGACCUUGAUCCAAACUCUCUAAUGGUACUUGUUAACUAUAUUUAUUUCAAAGCCUAUUGGGAAAAUCCUUUCAAUGUGAAGGGGACUCGUAAGGAUUAUUUCUAUGUGAAUGCAAAAACCUCAGUUGAAGUGAAGAUGAUGACUCGAGAUAGCUUUUAUAAAACAUACUCUGACAAGACACUGUCUUGCAAGGUGGUGCAGAUUCCUUACAAGGGAGAUGUUGCAGCGUUGUUUGUCCUGCCCAAUGAAGGAAAAAUGAAAUUGUUGGAGAAUGCCUUGACAAAAGAAACUGUGUCUAAAUGGGAAAAACUACUUGAAAGACGGAGGAUAGAAGUGUAUAUUCCAAAGCUAUCUAUUUCUGGCACCUAUGACUUAAAGAAAAUGUUCAUGAAUCUGGGUGUAACAGAUGUGUUUUCUGACUGGGCUGAUCUGUCUGGAAUCACAGGAAAGCCUGAUCUGAAGGUUUCAAGAGCUACACACAAGUCCCUGCUGACUAUUCAUGAAAAUGGCACAGAGGCUGCAGCAGUCACUGGCACAGACUUGGCUCCUCAUUCUGUUCCUCCUGUUGUAAAAUUUAAUCGUCCAUUUUUGUUGUUGAUUGUUGAUCAAUAUACUCAAAGCAUCCUCUUCAUAGGAAAAAUUGUAAACCCGAAUGAAAAAUGACUGGUCCAUGGCAUGACUCAUUGAUUUCAAUUGCAUUCUUGAUGCAUUUGUAGUCUGUAAUUAAAACCAUAUCAAAGCC